GAGAGACAGCUAGUCAUUCCUCGUUGUAAAAGCCAGUGCUGCAUGCGCUGAUCUCCCGGCUAUUGUCUCAGCAACUGAAGGCUCAAGUCGUCAGGCAGGCAGUCAGUCAGGAAGCAUCUCACAAUGAAACGAGUCUGGGUGAUAGGGCUUCUUUUUGCACUCUUAGCAUUUGCUGCUGUAAAGGCAGAUGAUGAAUUUGACGUUGACGGGACAGUAGAGGAGGACUUGGGUAAAAGCAGGGAUGGCUCCAGAACAGACGAUGAAGUGGUGCAGAGAGAGGAGGAGGCAAUCCAGUUGGACGGUUUGAAUGCAGCUCAGAUUAAGGAACUCAGGGAAAAGUCUGAAAAACAUGCCUUUCAGGCUGAAGUUAACCGUAUGAUGAAGCUGAUCAUCAACUCUCUCUACAAGAACAAGGAGAUCUUCCUUAGGGAGCUGAUUUCCAAUGCAUCGGAUGCUCUGGAUAAGAUCCGCUUGUUGUCCCUAACCAACGAGGAUGCAAUGGCCACAAAUGAAGAGCUGACCAUCAAAAUAAAGUCUGAUAAGGAGAAGAACAUGCUGCACAUCACUGACACUGGUAUUGGAAUGACCAAGGAGGAGCUAGUAAAGAACUUGGGAACCAUUGCCAAGUCAGGCACCAGCGAAUUCCUUAACAAGAUGACCGAGAUGCAGGAAGAGGAACAGUCUACCUCAGAGCUGAUCGGACAGUUUGGUGUCGGUUUCUACUCUGCCUUCCUUGUUGCUGACAAGGUCAUUGUGACAUCCAAGCACAACAAUGACACACAGCACAUCUGGGAGUCUGACUCAAAUCAGUUCUCUGUCAUUGAGGACCCCCGUGGGGACACACUGGGUAGAGGAACCACCAUCACACUUGUCCUAAAGGAGGAGGCCUCAGACUACCUGGAGCUGGAGACCAUCAAGAACCUUGUCAAGAAAUACUCUCAGUUCAUCAACUUCCCCAUCUAUGUGUGGGCCAGCAAGACUGAGACGGUUGAAGAGCCCAUUGAUGAAGAUGCUGAGGCAGCAGAGGAACCAGAGAAAGAGGCUUCUGAAGAUGAGGCUGAAGUAGAGGAGGAAGAAGAAGACAAAGACAAACCAAAAACAAAGAAGGUUGAGAAGACUGUGUGGGACUGGGAACUGAUGAAUGAUAUCAAGCCCAUCUGGCAGAGGCCUGCUAAGGAGGUUGAGGAAGAUGAGUACAAGGCUUUCUACAAGACCUUCUCAAAGGACAAUGAUGACCCUAUGGCUCACAUCCACUUCACAGCUGAGGGUGAGGUCACUUUUAAGUCCAUCCUGUUUGUGCCCACUUCAGCUCCCCGUGGGCUGUUUGACGAGUAUGGCUCCAAGAAGAACGAUUACAUCAAGCUGUUUGUCAGGAGAGUUUUCAUCACAGACGACUUCAAUGACAUGAUGCCCAAGUACCUGAACUUCAUCAAGGGAGUGGUCGACUCUGACGACCUUCCUCUGAAUGUGUCCAGAGAAACUCUGCAGCAGCACAAACUGCUCAAGGUUAUCCGCAAGAAGUUGGUCCGUAAGACUCUGGACAUGAUUAAGAAGAUUGCAGAGGAACAGUACAACGAUAAGUUCUGGAAGGAGUUUGGCACAAACAUCAAGCUGGGUGUGAUCGAGGAUCACUCCAACAGGACCCGUCUCGCUAAGCUGCUGCGCUUCCAGACCUCCAACAGUGAAACAGACCUGGCCAGCCUGGAACAGUAUGUGGAGCGCAUGAAAGAGAAGCAGGAUAAGAUCUAUUUCAUGGCUGGCACCAGCAGGAAAGAGGCUGAGUCUUCUCCCUUUGUUGAGAAGCUGCUGAAGAAGGGCUAUGAGGUCAUCUACCUGACAGAGCCUGUGGAUGAGUACUGCAUCCAGGCACUGCCAGAGUUUGAUGGAAAACGCUUCCAGAACGUGGCCAAGGAAGGUGUCAAAUUUGACGAGAGUGAAAAGACCAAGGAGAAGAGGGAGGCCCUGGAGAAGGAGUUCGAACCUCUCACAACUUGGCUGAAGGACAAAGCUCUAAAGGACAAGAUUGAGAAGGCUGUUCUCUCUCAGAGGCUAACCAACUCACCCUGCGCCUUGGUUGCCAGCCAGUACGGCUGGUCAGGGAACAUGGAGAGGAUCAUGAAGGCACAGGCCUACCAGACAGGAAAGGACAUUUCCACAAAUUAUUACGCCAGCCAGAAGAAAACACUAGAACUCAACCCCAAACAUCCUCUUGUCAAGCAGUUGCUUAAUAGAGUCAAUACUGAUGCUGAGGACCAGACUGCAUCAGAUCUGGCUGUGGUUCUGUUUGAGACAGCCACACUGCGCUCAGGAUACCAGCUCGCUGAUACAAAAGCUUAUGGAGACAGAAUAGAGCGCAUGCUCCGACUCAGCUUGAAUGUACCACUAGAUGAACAGAUUGAAGAAGAACCUGAGGAGGAGCCUGAAGGACCAGCAGAAGAUGACUCUGAAGAUAAAGAGGAGACUGUGGAUGAGGAUGAUGACGAAGAAACGACAAAAGACAAGGAUGAACUGUGAAGCACUGAAGGGAAGAGCGUGUAACAGUGGCGCUGGAAAAUGGACUUAAGUCUCUGUUUCAGUGCCACCGUGGUCACAUUAUUUUGGGUGGGGUCCCUGGGUUGGGGUUUUUUAAAGCGAAUAUUUGUUUUUGUUUCUUUUGUAUUACAUUCCUCAUGACUGUAAAUUUGUUAAUAUUUAACUGACCUGUUUAUGGAAAGAUGUGAUCCUGUCUAUUGAUCAAAUAAAUGUUUCGUGGAAAAAUG